AUGGCCAUCAUCACAACCGUGAGUGUUUGGCUAGGUUUAGGUGCUGGUAUGUUGGUCCACUAUAUAUACAAUUCCGCCAGUGGUGGUAAUUACAGUCGAGUAUGGGCCGCCUUUGUCCUCUAUCCAUACACCAUUCUACCAGCACUAGGGAUGCCAGCAGCCAAGUGCAAGCUCAGUGAUUUCACUCUUGCUAGUUUCUCAACAGCUUUCACUUACAUCCCUAUUGGUUUCUACCUUGUAGAGCCGUAUACUGAGACAUGGAUCACCGGAGUGAGUGUCACUUUGGGUGCACUUAGCCCAUGUGCAGUCAUGUUGGUCUUGUCUCUGUGUAAUCUAACACCAUCGCCCGGUAUAUCUAUCACACAUAAACUACCUUUCGCGGCCGCUGACUUAUUCGAUUUACUCACGGGUUAUUUCAUCUCUGCUCGAGAUCAUCGCAAUGCAAUCAAUGCAGAGUCUGCUGACUUCAUUAAGGUGUGUGGUGCUGCAGCUGGGAAGAGGAUACCACCACGGCUGAGCGCGAUAUUCUGGAAUAUGGCCGGCGAGCUUCUAUCCCUCAGGGACUGCCUUCUGUUCGAGGAUCUCCAGCCCGGAAUUGUCGCUUAUGUUUGGAAGCCCCUAGCUGCCGACUUCUCUAUACUACGGUCUGAGGUUGGUAUUGUUCUACGUAAAACUGCCAGAGGAGUGCCUGAGGAAGCCAAUCGGGACCUCCCAGAGAGAAUAGCUCAUUGUGAGGAGCUCAUGGCCAAUGUUAUCUCAGAUGUGAGCGCAAAGGCUGCUGAUUCUUCGAUAUCAUCACCCAGUACGGCAGCAAUAGUGCAGUUCUACUAUGCUGUUGGCUCUAUUCUGUACAUCUCUGGUUUGGCAGAGGAUUAUCGGUUAGCUGCUGUGGCUCAGAAUAAGGAGGAAGAAAGGAUGAGGAAAGAGAAGAAAGAGGUGAUGGCAGCCGGGUUUGGUUAG